UAUAAAUUGCAUAUUUUCAAAACUUUCAUUUAACAACCAUAUAAGGUGUUCAGGCACUAUGGAAACACAUAAUCUAACCUACAUCUUAGAAUUCCAUCUCCUGGGCUUCUCAGAGGACCCAGACCUGCAGCCCGUCCUCUUUGGACUGUUCCUGUCCAUGUACCUGGUCACGGUGCUCGGGAACCUGCUCAUCAUCCUGGCCGUCAGCUCUGACUCCCACCUCCACACCCCCAUGUACUUCUUCCUCUCCAACCUGUCCUUGGCUGACAUCUUUUUCACCUCUACCAUGAUCCCAAAGAUGAUUGUGGACAUCUCAACUCACAACAGAGUUAUCUCCUACGUGGGCUGCCUGACACAGAUGUCUUUUUUUUCAUUGUUUGGAUGUAUGGAUGACAUGCUUCUGACUGUGAUGGCCUAUGACCGGUUUCUGGCCAUCUGCCACCCCCUGCACUAUGUAGUCAUUAUGAAUCCUCUCCUCUGCGUCUUCCUACUUUUGGUGUGUGUCUUUAUUAGCCUUUUGGACUCUCAGCUGCACAAUUUAGUUGCCUUGCAAUUCACCUGCUUCAGGGAUGUGGAAAUUGCUAAUUUCUUCUGCCAUCCUAGUCAGUUAUUUAGCCUUUCAUGUUCUGAUACUUUGAUCAAAAACCUGGUCACAUAUUUGGUUGGGGCCAUAUUAGGCUUUUUUCCCAUGUUAGGGAUCCUUUUUUCUUACUGUAAAAUUGUUUCCACUGUUCUAAAAAUACCAUCAUCGGUUGGGAGGUACAAAGCCUUCUCAACCUGUAGUUCUCACCUGUCAGUUGUUUGCUUAUUUUAUGGAAGUGGUGUUGGAGUGUACCUUGCCUCAGCUGUGUCGUAUUCUCCCAGGAAGGGCAUGGUGGCCUCACUGAUGUACAGUGUGGUCACCCCGAUGCUGAAUCCCUUCAUCUACAGCCUGAGGAACAGAGACAUCACUAGCACCCUGAAGAGGCUCCACCACUGUAGAGUUUAA